CCUCCCCACUUCAUCUCUUUCAGACCCAGAUUGUCCUCAAUGCCAAGACUCAACUUGACCGCCGUGACAGAGUUCACCUUUGAAGGUUUUUCUGUUUUGGGGUGGCAGCACAGACUCAUUCUCUUUGUGGUCUUUCUGGUCUUGUACCUGUUGACCCUCGCCAGCAAUGCCAUCAUCUUGACCGUUAUCCGCCUCAACCGUCAACUUCACACACCCAUGUACUUCUUCCUGAGCGUACUGUCCAUCUCUGAGACCUGUUAUACAGUGGCCAUCAUCCCCUGCAUGCUGUCCAGUCUCCUCAGUCCCCAACGAGCCAUCUCCAUCCCACACUGUGCCACUCAGCUCUUCUUCUAUCUCGCCUUCGGCAUCAACAACUGCUUCCUGCUCACGGCCAUGGGGUAUGACCGCUACGCGGCCAUCUGCAACCCCCUGCGGUAUUCCGUCGUCAUGGGCAAAAGGACUUGUCUACAAUUGGCGAGUGGCUCCUGGAGCAUUGGCCUGAGCACGGCCAUCAUUCAGGUGUCGUCUGUGUUCAGCCUGCCCUUCUGUGAUGCCAACGUCAUCUCCCACUUCUUCUGUGACAUCCGGCCCCUGAUGCAGCUGGCCUGUGCUGACACCACCAUCAAAGAACUUGUCACCUUGCUCAUCAGUCUGUGUGUCCUUGUUCUGCCCAUGGUGCUGAUCUUCAUCUCCUACGUCCUGAUUGUCUCCACCAUCCUCAAGAUCCCCUCUGCCCGGGGCCGGAAGAAGGCCUUUGCCACCUGCGCCUCCCACCUCACGGUGGUCGUCGUCCACUACGGCUGCGCCUCCGUCAUCUACCUAAAACCCAAGUCUCACAACUCCCUGAAGGACAGACUCAUCUCCGUGACCUACACGGUCAUCACACCCCUCCUCAACCCUGUUGUGUACAGCCUGAGGAACAAAGACAUCAAGGAUGCCUUGCUCAGAGCUUUGGGCAAAAAUCCUCUCUCUUAG